AUGUCGGACCCUAAACGUGCUACUCUUAUAACAGUGGGUGCUACUAAAUGUGCAAAGAAUAAUGUGAACAAAACUGUGAGAUUAACUAUCAAUUUAGAUGAAAGCAACGAAAGUAAAUAUCCGGAGCUGAAUUACAAGGAACUAGUCAUUGCAGAAGAGAGAAAGAAACGUGAGAAAGCAGAAAAUGGAAAAACUGGAGGCCUGGACCCAUUCUCUGAAAGCAAUGAUGACGUUGAACGCAUUGCCAGAAAGUUUGAACAGAAAUAUGGUGGCAAAAGUACAUAUGGCCGUAAAGGCAGAUCAAAACACGACGACUUCGCAGACAUUGGCGCUGGAUACGACGAGAAUGAUUCUUUUAUCGACAAUACGCAUGGAUACGACGAGAUGAUUCCGCCAGAGUGUGACACGUUAUACGGUGGUUUCUACAUCAACUGUGGGUCUCUCGAGUUCAAGAAUGUGCCUGAAGGUCAGCUCGCCAUAUCCGAUGCAGAACGCGUGGGCAACUCGCGAAAUAAGCGGCGAAUAUCGUCGAGCAGCAGCUCUGAAGAGUCCUCAGAGAGCUCGUCCGAAUCCAGCCACGACGAAAAGGAGACCGCAGAGAAACCCAUGGUCAAUGGACACCUCGACUCACAUGACAUCCAACAUCGGAAAAAGAAGAAUAAAAAGGUCGAUAAGCAGAAGGCUAAGAAGAUUCGUCGUACCGACUCGUCGGCGGCCACCUCAGGGAAGCAAACAUCUGAUGAUAACGUGCAAGGCGAUGGCGAGAGCGUGGACUCUCACUCCCGCACGUCGCAGUCGGACUCACUCGCGUCCAAGCCCGCGCCCAGCUCAGAAAACGAAGCCACGCUUGACAAUUUCGGGGACCCAGACGUAAAGUUACCACCACAAGUUGUUCAGGCGCUGGAGGCUUUGGAGAAUUUCGUGGAGAGGCAGCUCGCAGAAACGCCCAAUAUGUCUUCUAAGGAAUUGAAAACUAAAAGCAGUGAAUACAUUUGCAGGAUGUCGUUGUCGCUGGAGGCGUGCGGGUGCGCGGAGGGGGUGCGGCGCGCGGCCUGGGCCCGGGGGGCGCGCGCUCUGCGCACCUCGCGCGCGCAGCUGCGGCUCGCGCACGCCUACCCCGCCCCCACCGACCCGCCUCACCACUCGCAAACCUCCACUACAAAUGCUCAACCCAAUACCGACACAUCCAUUACGUCAGCUAAUCUAACAACAACCACAGUUGCACCAACAACAACCGUAUCAACAACAUCGGUCUCAUCAAGCAGCAGUAAAAGGAAAAGUGAAGACACUCUAGAAGAUUUUGAUCCAGAACAUCUUAGUUUUGAUGAGAGAGAGGCUAUUAUUGUAGAUACAUUACGAAGGUUAAAAGAACUGAUUGACGAGAGGAAACCUGCUAUGAUAGCUAAUUAUAAUGCUGAAUGUGAGAGAGUACAAGAAGAGAGGAAGAAGAUCCAGAGCUCGGCGGCCCCCGGCGCACCGGUGGCGGAGAAGCGGCUGCCCAAGCGCCGGUUCCCGUGGUGCGGGCGGUCGCGCGCGCUGGUGUGCCGCCUGGCGCGCGCGGCCGGCUCCAGCGCCGCCGCCGCCGCGCUGCUGCAGCGCCGCGCCCUGCCGCUCUUCCCGCAGGGCUUCCUGCGCAUGCCCACGCUGCUGCGACAGGCCGAUUUAAGUAAAGAAAUCAAAGCGUCGGACCUCAAGCGACAACGACUGGGUUCUGCAUCCCAGCCGCCGACGAAUCCACCGUCGGUGCCGUUCUCGGAACCCAUUCAAUUCCCGAGUUCCCUCACGGUCACCACGACUACCACGACCAAACCGUCGCAGGAUAAAUCUGAAGUGGCUCAAAGUACCGAGGAAAAGUACAAGUCUAGUUCGGUCUUCGGUUCGAUUUUAAACACGCUAAGUCUGAGCAAAGACCUCAUCAUAGAAAAACCGGAAAAGAAAGACACGCACGAGAAAAAAGAAGAAUUAUACAUUCCUCCGAAUAAUAUAGGCAACAUAACUAUAACGCCGGUACCUCCUAACCCUCAGAAACAGGAGAAGAAACUCAACAAUAAUGUUCCAAUGUUAACUAUGACAAAUGAAAAACAAUCAGGUUUCAUUAGAGUGAAGUCCCCGGCAGCCUUGAACGAUAUGGUGAAAAAAGACAAGGUUAAAAAAGUUGAUAAACACGUAAAAGAGAAAAGAGUGGAGUCACCUCUCCAUGUCGAUACUAGUUACCAACCUAAUAAAAAGGAUCCGAGUCCGAAACACAAAGAAGAAAUCCCUCAAAAACAAAUUGAGACCAUGCGUAUAGCAGAAAAUAAUAUUCCCCGACCUGCAUUAGUUCCGGUGCAUCAUUCACCAACAUUUGCGAAGCCAGAUAAAAGACCACCAGAGGUAAAAAAGAAGAAAGAGGUUCUUAUAAUCUCUGAUGUUGAUCCUUUAAGUGAUCAGCAGGAACCUUUAGCUAUAGACGAUAGCAGUAGUGACGUUGAGUUAAUAGAAGAAAGUAGGACUGAUAAAAGUGAACCUAAACGUGAUAAAAAUGAGACAGUGCCUUCUAAAGACCAUGUGAGUGUAGAUAAAAAAGUGAAUAACAAGUGUAGAAAAGAGAAGGAGUUGCGGCCAAGUGAGAGUGAGGAGGCUACAAAGGAGGAUAUUGAUACGGUCAUUAAAAAUUUAAAAGAGAUGGCGAAUUCACAAGAAACUACAAAGUUCAACAGUAAUUCUUAUGGAGGAGUUAUUACUAGCGCGAAAUACGAGAAGUCUUCCAGCCAAUCGUCGUUGCGCGGGACAGUGUUCGAGUCGCGUGACAAAGAUAAGUUUACAGAACGAACUUCUUUGAACAAAAUGGAUGGAUGUAGUGCGGCCACAGGUGAGGAGUCGAACAGUUGA